AUGGGCUUCCCUGCCGAUUUCGACGACAGACGAACCCAGAUCGAUUCCGAGGCCGACGCCUACCACCCCUAUGAUUAUCAGACCGAGAACAACGGCUCCUGGGCCGGCGCCCUGCCGGUGAAGCAAGGGUUGUACGAUCCUGGCUUGGAGAAGGAUGCCUGCGGUGUCGGUUUCGCCUGCCAUAUCAAGGGCAAGGCGAGCCAUAAGAUCGUUAGUGAUGCACGGAACCUCCUUUGCAACAUGACCCACCGCGGUGCGGUGGGUUCUGACGCUCGAGACGGCGAUGGUGCAGGUGUCAUGACCUCGAUCCCCCACAGGUUCUUCAUCAAGAACUUCGAGAAGGAGGAGGGCAUCAAGCUGCCUCCGUUGGGACAAUAUGCUGUGGGAAACCUCUUCUUCAAGCCCGACGAGGAAACGCUUCAGGAGUCGAAGCGGCAAUUGGAAGACAUUGCCCAGUCGCUGGGACUGAGAGUUUUGGGAUGGCGAGAACCUCCUGUAGACUCUACUCUCCUUGGUCCUGCUGCCGCUUCACGCGAGCCAACUAUUCUGCAACCUUUCGUGGUCCUCACAUCUGCGUAUGGCUCUGGCAAUGCUCCUGAAAUGACGGACCCAGAGACAUUCGACGAGAGACAGUUCGAGAGACAGCUCUAUGUUCUGCGGAAGCGUGCCACCCACUCGAUCGGCCUGUCCAACUGGUUCUACCUGUGCUCUCUUUCAAACAAGAACAUUGUCUAUAAGGGACAGCUUGCCCCCAGCCAGGUCUACCAAUACUACCAUGACCUGGUCAACGCCGACUACCAGGCUCACUUUGCCCUGGUACACUCUCGCUUCUCGACCAACACAUUCCCCUCCUGGGAUCGAGCUCAGCCUCUGCGAUGGGCAGCUCACAACGGUGAGAUCAAUACCCUCCGUGGCAACAAGAACUGGAUGCGCGCACGAGAGGGUGUGAUGCAGUCGGACGUCUUCGGCGAUGAGCUCGAGCAGCUCUAUCCGAUCGUCGAGGACGGUGGCUCCGAUUCGGCUGCUUUUGACAAUGUCUUGGAGCUGCUCACAAUCAACGGCGUCCUGUCGCUACCCGAAGCUGUCAUGCUCAUGGUCCCGGAAGCAUGGCAAGGCAACACCGCAAUGGACCCCAAGAAGGCUGCUUUCUACGAGUGGGCUGCGUGCCAGAUGGAGCCUUGGGAUGGUCCGGCUCUCUUCACCUUUGCCGAUGGCCGCUUCUGUGGUGCGAACCUCGAUCGAAAUGGACUUCGACCUUGCCGUUACUACGUCAUGGACGAUGACCGCAUCAUCUGCGCUUCCGAGGUUGGCACUAUUCACGUUGAGCCCGAGACCGUCAUUCAAAAGGGGCGCCUCCAACCAGGCCGCAUGUUGCUUGUCGAUACCCAGGCCGGGCGCAUCAUUGAUGACUCCGAGCUCAAGGCGGCUGUCUCGAGCCGGAACGACUUCCGUUCCUGGAUUGACAAUGAAGUCAUUAGCCUGCCAAAGGUCCUCAGCCAGGUUUCUCAGGAGCAAGGAGUGGAUGUUUCCGCAAAGCCAGAUGCAACGCGACUCCAGGAAGACCCACUGCUCCUUGGCUUUGGUUAUUCCUAUGAGCAGGUCAGUCUGAUUCUCGCGCCCAUGGCUUCGGACGAGAAGGAGGCAUUGGGCUCCAUGGGCAACGAUGGGCCCCUGGCCUGUCUGUCACAGGCGCCUCGCCUACUCUACGACUACUUCCGUCAGCUCUUCGCUCAGGUCACCAACCCUCCAAUUGAUCCUAUCCGGGAGUCUAUUGUGAUGUCGCUGGACUGCUACGUCGGACCCCAGGGCAACUUGCUCGAAAUGGAUGCCUCACAAUGCGGUCGCCUGUUGCUGCCCAGCCCGAUCCUGUCCAUUCCCGAAUUCAACGCAGUGGCUAACAUGUCCAAACUGUACCCGAAAUGGACUGUCAAAACUAUAGACCUGACAUUCCCCAAGUCCGCGGGCGUCGCUGGAUAUAUGAAGCACCUUGAUUUCAUAUGUGACGAAGUGACGGCUGCGAUCCAAGCCAAAGACAGAAUCAUCAUUUUGUCCGACCGCAAAACUUCUGCAGAUCGUGUAGCUGUUUCCGCCUUGCUCGCUUCGGGUAUGACUCACCACCAUCUUGUCAGCAAUAAGUGGCGAUCUUUGGCUGCGAUAGUGGUCGAGUCUGCCGAGGCUCGUGAGGUUCAUCACAUGUGUGUGCUUCUUGGUUAUGGAGCUGAUGCGGUCAACCCUUAUCUCGCGAUGGAGUGCAUCCUCAAGCUCAACCACGAGGGCCUGAUUCGGAAGAAGCUUUCAGAUGAUGCCCUCAUUGCCAACUACAAGCACUCUUGUGAUGGCGGUAUUCUCAAGGUCAUGAGCAAGAUGGGUAUAUCUACCCUCGCCAGUUAUAAGGGUGCGCAGAUCUUCGAAGCCCUUGGUGUCGAUGACGAGGUCGUGGAGAGAUGCUUCAGAGGUACAGCUUCUCGUAUAAAGGGUUUGACCUUCGAACUCAUCGCCGAGGAUGCGUUCCGAUUCCACGAACGUGGAUUCCCUUCCCGCUAUACUGUUGGUGUUGUAGGACUGCCCGAGUCGGGUGAAUACCACUGGCGAGACGGUGGCGAGGCCCACAUCAACGACCCGACUUCCAUCGCCAACAUGCAGGAUGCUGUCCGGACGAAGAAUGACAAGUCAUACGAAGCUUACUCGCGCUCCGAGUACGAGCAAAUCAAGGCGUGCACGCUACGUGGCACACUCGACUUCAAGUUUGAGGACUCUACCCCUAUUCCUAUCGACCAGGUUGAGCCGUGGACUGAAAUCGUCCGCCGUUUCUGCACAGGUGCUAUGUCGUAUGGUUCGAUCUCCAUGGAGUCACACUCAACUCUGGCCGUCGCCAUGAACCGAUUGGGUGGCAAGUCAAACACGGGUGAAGGUGGUGAAGAUCCCGAGCGAUCUCAGGUCAUGCCCAAUGGUGACACCAUGAGAUCGGCAAUCAAGCAGGUCGCCUCUGGACGUUUCGGUGUGACUUCAGCAUACCUGGCUGAUUCCGACGAAAUCCAGAUCAAGAUGGCUCAGGGUGCCAAGCCCGGCGAGGGUGGUGAGCUGCCCGGGCACAAGGUCUCCAAGUCAAUCGCUCGCACGCGGCAUUCAACCCCUGGCGUUGGUCUCAUCUCGCCUCCUCCCCACCACGAUAUCUACUCCAUUGAGGAUCUGAAGCAACUCAUCUACGACCUCAAGUGCUCAAGUCCCCGAUCUCGUGUCUCUGUCAAGCUCGUCUCGGAGACCGGUGUUGGUAUCGUUGCAUCUGGUGUCGCCAAGGCCAAGGCCGACCAUAUCUUGAUCUCUGGCCAUGACGGUGGCACUGGAGCGUCUCGCUGGACUGGUAUCAAGUACGCUGGUCUUCCGUGGGAGUUGGGUCUUGCUGAGACCCACCAGACGCUCGUCCUCAACGAUCUACGUGGGCGUGUCGUCGUCCAGACUGAUGGUCAGCUCCGAACUGGACGUGACGUCGCUAUUGCCUGCUUGCUUGGCGCUGAAGAAUGGGGUUUCGCCACGACUCCCUUGAUUGCCAUGGGAUGCAUUAUGAUGCGCAAAUGCCACCUUAACACCUGCCCUGUGGGAAUUGCUACACAGGACCCUGAACUCCGUCAGAAGUUCACGGGCACACCUGAACAUGUCAUCAAUUUCUUCUACUACGUUGCCAACGAGCUGAGAGCCAUCAUGGCACAGCUGGGUUUCCGAACCAUCAACGAGAUGGUGGGGCGCGUUGAGUGUCUGAAGGUCCGAGACGACCUUCGAACAAACAAAACGGCCAAUAUUGAUCUGUCCCUCCUCUUGACACCCGCUCACAAGCUUCGACCCGGUGUCGCUACCUUCAAUGUUCGCAAGCAAGAUCACCGGCUCUACGUUCGACUGGAUAACAAGCUUAUCUCCGAGGCUGAGUUGACUCUGGAUAAGGGGCUUCCCUCUCGCAUUGAAUGUGACAUCGUCAAUACCGACCGAGCCAUGGGUACUUCCCUGUCCUACCACGUCUCCAAGCGGUACGGCGAGGCCGGCCUGCCCAUGGAUACUAUCCACGUCAACAUCAAGGGCUCCGCUGGUCAAUCCUUCGGUGCCUUCCUUGCCCCUGGUAUCACACUCGAGUUGGAAGGCGAUGCCAAUGACUAUGUUGGCAAGGGUUUGUCCGGGGGACGAUUGAUCAUCUAUCCUCCUCGUUCGGCGGUGUUCAAGGCUGAAGAGAACGUCCUGAUUGGCAAUGUCUGUCUGUACGGUGCAACCCAAGGUACCUGCUUCUUCCGUGGAGUCGCCGCGGAACGAUUCGCAGUACGAAACUCGGGUGCAACUGCCGUCGUCGAAGGUGUUGGCGACCAUGGUUGUGAGUACAUGACUGGCGGUCGCGUUGUCGUUUUGGGCAGCACUGGUCGUAACUUUGCUGCUGGUAUGUCGGGUGGUAUCGCCUACGUGCUUGACAUUCACCGCGACUUCGUGUCCAAGCUCAACACGGAGAUGGUUGAAGCUUCUGAGAUCGACGACCCCGCCGAGAUUGCCUUCCUUCGAGGGUUGAUCGAGGAUCACCACCACUACACCGGCUCGGAGUUGGCGGCUCGCAUUUUGGUCGACUUUAACCGAGCUCUUCCACGAUUCGUCAAGGUCCUGCCGGUCGACUACAAACGAGUCCUCCAGGAAGAAGCGGCCAAGGCUGCAGAGGCCAAGCGUGCCGAAUACAACCUGCCAAUCGUGUCUGGUGUCAAGUCCAAGAAGGAGGAGAAGGCCGCCGAGCUCCAGGACAUUGAGGAGUCCGUCGGCGACAAUGCCGCCGAGAAGAAGCGCUCCCUGGUCCUGGACAAGACCAAGGGCUUCAUGAAGUACCAGCGUCGAUCCGAGAAGUACCGCAACGUCAAGACGAGAACCAAGGACUGGGCUGAGCUCUCUCAACGCCUAGACGAGGAUGAGCUCAAGUACCAAGCUGCUCGGUGCAUGGAUUGCGGCGUUCCUUUCUGCCAAUCGGACACUGGCUGCCCCAUCUCCAACAUUAUCCCCAAAUGGAACGAAUUGGUGUUCCAAGGGCAGUGGCAGGACGCCCUCAACCGGCUACUCAUGACCAACAACUUCCCAGAGUUCACUGGCCGUGUUUGCCCUGCACCUUGCGAAGGUGCAUGUGUCCUUGGUAUCAACGAGGAUUCCGUUGGCAUCAAGUCAAUCGAAUGCGCGAUCAUCGACCGUGGCUUCGAGAUGGGUUGGAUGGUGCCCCGGCCUCCCAAGGUCCGCACUGGCAAGACGGUUGCAGUCAUUGGUUCUGGUCCUUCUGGCCUUGCUUGCGCCGAUCAGCUGAACCGAGCUGGACACAUGGUGACUGUCUACGAGCGCGCCGACCGACCUGGUGGUCUGCUUAUGUAUGGCAUUCCCAACAUGAAGCUUGACAAGCGCAUCGUCAAGCGGAGAACCGACUUUAUGGCUGCCGAGGGUGUUCAGUUCAAGACGGGCGUAGCCAUUGGUGAAGACAUCUCAUUGACGGACCUGAAGGCCAAGAAUGACGCUGUCGUCAUUGCGACGGGAGCGACUGUCGCCCGUGACCUUCCCAUCAAGGGCCGCAACCUCGAGGGCAUCCACUUCGCCAUGGAGUUCUUGCACAAGAACACUAAGUCCCUGCUCGACUCGGAAUUGGCUGAUGGCUCCUUCCUCUCUGCCAAGGACAAGCACGUGGUGGUUAUCGGCGGUGGUGACACUGGUAACGACUGCAUUGGUACGUCUGUUCGCCACGGUGCUAAGUCAGUCAUCAACUUCGAGCUUCUGCCCCAGCCUCCUCCUCAGCGUGGCCGGGAUAAUCCUUGGCCACAGUGGCCCCGAAUUUACCGUGUUGACUACGGCCACACGGAAGUGGCGAGCCAACUGGGCAAGGACCCUCGUGAGUACUGCAUCAUGUCGGAGGAAUUCGUCGAUGACGGCUCCGGACGUGUCAAGGGAAUCAACACGAUCCGCGUGGAGUGGACCAAGUCUGCCAGCGGCGGUUGGGACAUGAAGAAGCUCGAGGACAGCAAGCAGUUCUUCCCUGCAGACCUUGUGCUUCUAUCGAUGGGUUUCCUCGGCCCCGAGGCUCGCGUUCUUGGCGAUGAGAUUGAGAAGGACGCCCGGAAGAACGUCAAGACUCCUGCCGGAUCUUACGCCACCAACAUCGAGGGUAUCUUUGCUGCUGGUGACUGCCGCCGUGGCCAGUCCCUGAUCGUUUGGGGUAUCAACGAGGGGCGACAGUCUGCUCGCGAGGUGGACCUGUACCUUGAACAGAACACUGGUCUGCCCGUGACUGGUGGCAUCGUCAAGAGAACCGCACAUGAGGUCUUCAAUGCCGUGACCGCUGUGACCGCCGCAUGA